AAAUGCACGUUGAAGAGAAACAGCAAAAGGUAAACAAUGCCAAAAAGGCAGAAAAAAAACAGCGCAGAUGUCUGGCAAUAAUUAAAAGUGACUGUGAUGUGAGUCCCAGUGAUGAUCCCACCAAAUACCUGGCGAUCCUCAACGUGGGACUUACCAAUGGACUCACGGAGGAGUGCUUGCUCCAAGCGGCGGCCACAACAGGUGGAAAAGUCACCCAGGUGGUGAUGUUGCCAGGAAAAUCAUAUUGUUUUCUGGUCUGUGCUAGCCUGGAGGAUUCCCAGCGUAUAUAUCUGGGCAUGCACAACAUAUCCACCAUAGGACAACAGGGAGCAGUGGCCUACUUGAGUUAUGUAAAGGAAUUGCCGGCUGUUGCGGGAAAAAGUCAAUGGAAUCGACCUCUUCCCAGUGGACUCCUGGUAAUUCCGGACUUUGUCAGCGAAGAAGAGGAAUCUACGCUGCUAAAAGCCAUUGCUGUGGACGGAAAAGCCUCCGAGGCCACUGGCACCCUGAAGCAUCGAAAAGUCAAGCACUUUGGUUAUGAUUUUCUUUACGGCAGCAAUAAUGUGGAUCCCUCUAAGCCUCUGGAGCAGUCAAUACCCUCAGCCUGUGACAUUUUGUGGCCACGGUUGGAGAGCUCUUCUUCCACUUGGGACUGGAGCACUCCCGACCAGCUAACGGUGAAUGAAUACGAGCCGGGUCACGGAAUUCCUCCUCAUGUAGAUACUCAUAGUGCGUUUUUGGAUCCUAUUCUCUCGCUUUCCCUGCAAUCUGAUGUGGUAAUGGAUUUUCGGCGAGGAGAUGAACAGGUUCAAGUCAUUCUGCCGCGACGAUCCUUGCUGAUCAUGGCUGGUGAGGCUCGCUACGAUUGGACGCAUGGCAUCAGGCCGAAGCACAUCGAUGUGGUGCCUAGUUUAUCCGGAGGCUUAACCACACAAGCACGUGGCAAAAGGACCUCCUUGACUUUCCGACGCCUGCGAAGAGGACCCUGUAAUUGCUCCUUUCCCAUGCUAUGCGACACACGACAAACCAAAGCACCACAGGAGUUAUCCGCAUCGCUGGCUUUUCAAGCCGUCAGCUUGGAACAACAGAAUGUCCACGAAGUGUACGAUAAAAUUGCGGAUCACUUCAGUGAAACACGUCACUCGCCCUGGCCACAAGUGGCCGGAUUUCUGGAUUCUUUUGAGCCACAGUCCGUGGUGCUCGACAUUGGCUGCGGCAAUGGAAAAUACCUUGCUUGCAAUCCGCAAAUUUUAGCCAUUGGUUGUGAUCGAGCGCAAGGAUUACUCGCUGUGGGUCGUCGAAAAGGACAGAAUGUCUUUCGAUGCGACUGUCUCAGUGUGCCAGUGCGCUCGUCCAGCAUUGAUGGCUGCAUCAGCAUAGCGGUCGUUCAUCACCUUGCCACUGGAGAGCGUCGAUUGGCGGCACUUAGGGAGAUGGCACGAGUUCUCCGACCUAAGGGUCGUGCCUUGGUUUACGUGUGGGCCAAGGAUCAGCGAAAGAAUGAUAAGAAGUCCACUUAUCUGCGCCAGAAUAAAGCAGUGAAUAAGGAACGAACCACUGAACAAGAGCAACGGCAGAAACAGCAAAAGGAACUGGAGCAGGAGCUGCCCAACAACACACCACUUCCCGUGCACACUAAUCGCACCGAGUUCCAGCAGCAGGACGUACUUGUUCCUUGGAAGACUAAGGAUGAGCAGAAGACCACUUACUUGCGCUACUAUCACGUCUUUGAAGAACAAGAACUGGAGGAAUUGGUGGCCCAACUGCCAGAGGUUCAAUUAAUAAAAAGCUACUACGACCAAGGAAAUCAUUGCGUGAUCUUUGAGAAGAUCUCUGAAAAGUCUUUAUAAAAUUACAUGUAAUUCGUUUAUUUGAUUUCAAAAAUACACAUUCACACAGUUU